AUGCCUAUUAACCGCACGCCCCCCGCCUCUCCGCUUAUGACGUCAUCAAACUCUGUUUGUUCGAAUGAGUUGCAGCAAAUACAUCAAUGUGUCUCGACACCUAACUUAUCGACUAUCGCAAGUAAUGUUACUGAACGCAAGAAACGAAAGUUUGGUUGCGGCGACCAACAAGAAGAGGGCAUGAUAACCUUGAGUGCAUUCUCAAUAUUUUCUAAGCAACAGGAGAAUCGUUUCGAAGACUUACUGUGUAAGAUGGACAGUAUUAUUAUUCAAAAUGCUGAGCUUAAGAAGAGUGUAGAAGUGAUGUCAAGCAAGUACGAUGAGUUUCUCGGACGGAUAUCGUGUCUUGAAUCCGAAAGAAAAGAAGAUAAGAAAAUUAUUCAACAAUUGGAGGAUAAAAUUGAGUACUUAGAACGUAAAUCCCGUGCAGCUGGUUUAGAAAUCCGUAAUGUGCCGAAGGCAAAUAAAGAAACCAAAGACCAACUCUGCAAUAUGGUUGUAGCGAUGGGCGAUUCUCUAAACGUUAAAGUACAACACUCAGACAUUAGAGAUAUUUACAGAGUAAACUCGAAAGAAAAUACCAGUCCAAUUGUUAUCGAUUUAAAUACAGUUAUUCUGAAGGAUAAAAUUAUUAAAGGUGUAAAAGCUUUCAAUAAGUCAAAGAGCAAAAAAGAGAAGCUAAAUACAUCACACAUAGGGUUGAAAUCACCUUUACAAUCUGUCUAUGUUUCUGAAGUGUUGACAUAUAAAACGCAGCGGUUAUAUUACAUAGCCAGACAAUUCCAAAAAGGCCAUGGAUUUGACUUCUGUUGGACUUCACACGGCAUAGUUUAUCUCCGUAAAACUGUCGACGAUCAGCAAAUACGUAUCAACUCCGAGGCGGACAUAGACAAACUUAGAAAUAGCAUAAAUUGA